ACGUAAUUAGUUACAUCCAUCACUGCAAAACAAGAAAUUUAUGCAAUAAAUAAAUAAUUUUAAAAAACAGCGGAGCACAAGUAUACAUCAGCAGGUUCACACAUGUAGGAAUAUGUACAAUGUGUCUUUAUUAUGUCAACAUGAAAACACUUUAUCUAAAACCUGGACGCACGUGUAACCAUCAUCAUCAUCAUCGUCGUCGUCGUCAUCUUGACAAAACGUGACUGCAGGCUGCAUCAGACCUCAGUGGUUCCGAGUGGAUCUGAGUGGAUCUCGGCGCUUCGUUCACGUCGCCGGUGCAGUGCAGCUUUAACCGGUCCAUCAUGCCUUGCGGUGUCCCAGUUCAGCUCGGAUGUAAUUGACAACAAGCUGCUGUGGUUCUCGCCUCAGUGACGGACGGACGGACGGGCGGAGCAGCGGAGACACGCAGCCGCAUGUCGGAUGUCCAGUAACCGGACGGACGCGUGUUUACAUACCCGCGGCUGCUGGGUGCGGGGCUCGUGCGUGUGCGUGCGGCGCGGCGCGGCGCGGCGCUCACUCUGAUGCGGGAUAAACAACGAUCUCCCGCGACCGGCCCGCAGGACACGCGGCGGAAAGUAGCGGAUUUCUAACCGAGGACACAAACGGGAGAGUUUUCCUAAAUGCUCUGACACACAGCUGAUCGCAAGAACAAGAAGAACAAGAAGAAGAAGGAGGAGGAGGAGGGAUGGACAGGAAACACUAUUAGCACCCCCCUGUGGUGUUAGAGGAAUGAGGGCCUCUGGAUGAAGGCAAUGGAGCUGAAAGUGUGGGUGGACGGAGUGCAGCGCAUCGUGUGCGGGGUCACAGAGUUCACCACAUGCCAAGAAGUGGUCAUCGCUUUGGCUCAAGCCAUCGGACGCACCGGCAGGUACACUUUGAUCGAGAAAUGGCGCGACACGGAACGCCACCUGGCGCCGAACGAGAACCCUGUGGUGUCCCUCAACAAGUGGGGUCAGUAUGCCAGUGACGUCCAGCUCAUCCUCCAGCGAACUGGCCCCUCCGUCAGCGAGCGGCCCACCUCUGACGGGCAGGCUCGCGUCCCGGAGCGCGGCCUCUACCGACAGAGCCUGCCGCCUCUGGCCAAGCUCCGCCCGUCAGGGGCAGACCGCUCGCUCAAAAGAAGGGAGCCCAAACGCAAGUCCCUGACGUUCACCGGAGGGGCCAAGGGUCUGCGGGACAUAUUCGGGAAAAGCAGAGAUGCUGAAGCCAAACAGCCCCAGCAGCGUGGUGUGAGCCUCAACCUGCGAAGGGUUGGAGGUGUUGGAGUAGCAUCAGCACCUGGGAGUCCGGCCAGAGACCUGGGCCGGCUGGUGCAGCUGCAGAGAGACAAACUCCAGGCCCUGGAGAGCCGUCUUCUGGGCUGCGAGGCCGAGCUGAGAGACUGGGAUGAGUCCGCCGGCGAGGCCAACGAAGGCGGAAACCUGGAGGAGGAGCUGCUGCUUUUGGAGCAGCAGGUGAGGAGGAACGACGCGGAGAUGGAGGAGGAGGAGUUCUGGCAGAACGAGCUGCAGAUCGAGCAGGACAGCGAGCGGCAGCUCCGGCAGCAGCUAGCCGAGCUGCAGGGCUGCGUGCGCGAGUGCGAGGCCAAGCUUUCAGAGUACUUAUCGCGCAUACAGAGCAUGGAGGUGGGCCUGGAGCAGGAGCGGCUGCAGCAGGAGGCCGAGCUCAACCAGAAGGACAAUGAAGAGGAGGUGCAAACACAGCUGGAGAAAGUGCGGGCUGAGCUGGAAAUGCAGAGCCAACACACGGCGCGGCUGGAGAGCAGCUGCAGGGCGUUGGAACGCUCACUUGGCCAGUCGAGCAAGAGAUUACAGGAGAAGGAGCAGGAGCUGGAGCAGCUGACGAAAGAGCUUCGACAGGUCAACCUGCAGCAGUUCAUUCAGCAGACAGGCACCAAGGUCACCGUGCUGCCUGCUCAACCUACAGGGGAAAACUGCAAUGAAGUGGAGUCUGGCUCUCUGAAACGACUCGGCUCUUCUCGGCUCUUACCCAGCGACCUUCGCACCCUCCAGAGCAAAGUGUCCUCCAGCCUCAACCCUGAAGGCAUCUACGUCUGACCCCAAACUGCGUCCUGGAGACAUUUUUCCGAGCAGCUGGGAGCUCUGACGUUACCGAGCUGCUGGAACGCUCUUGAGCGAGGUACUCAAAGGAACCAGUUCUGGGAACAGUCUACUGUGGAGGAUGGUGGCAAAAAAAAAUUGCAAGGAGGAUCAUACAAAAAGAAAAAAAAUAAACCACAAGACUUAAGUAUGUUGGACAUCUUUCCUGCACCGCUUCCUCUUCCAUCAGGUUGAGACUCAAACUGAUGUCAAUAUCCAUUCGCAAACUAACAUUUGAUCUACUCUCAGUCAACAAAAGAUCAAAAAAACAUUUAAAAACUACAAACCAGCAUAUAUAUAUAUAUAUAUAUAUAUAUAUAUAUAUAUAUAUAUAUAUAUAAUCUAUAUCUUCAUUUCUAUGUAGUAAAUCACGAACUGAAGAGAACUUCAGGAUGCAAAGUUUGGACAAAUGUAAACGUCAUCCAUGCAUGACGCCACACCUGUGCUAUAACCACAGCCAUAUCUGAUUGCCUUACUCUGAUGCCUGAAAACACAGACGUCAAUAAGUUUAAUGUCAAAAACAGAACUCAAGGUAGCUACUGAACUUUGCGCCAUAUGAAUAAAAAAAAAUAAAAAAUAGCGAGCACCAAUUCAGGUGAUACCAAGUUAUGGUAACUGAUGUCAGAACACUGUAAAAAUAAAAGACAAAGAAAAAGAAAACUCAAUUUUAAGGCGACUACAUGUUUGAUACUCAAAUUUAACGUCUUAAACUUGUGAGUUUCUGCAGUGUGUAACUCAGCGCUGGCUCCUUUUCUUUCACGCAACUCUGGGUUUGCUGUCACAGUUUUUGACCAGAAGUGUAAUUUAUUUCCUGCGUUUUGUAACACUGUAAAAAAUAAAAUCUUUCCCCCGUAGUUUAAAGCAAACAACUCGAAGCGAACGAUUAGAGAAGAUCAUCACCAGCUGCCGGACAUUUGUGGUGAAGCGGUGGCUGUCUGCUCAGUGUCGCUGCAGGGGCCAUUAAUCUUCCUCUUUUGUUCCAGCCGAACGCUUCCUCCUAAAAGCGUCUGAAAUAUGAAAGGAGUGAUGAGUGAUAACCGAGGCCUUUGAGCCUGCGGAGUGAAUCCCCGGCCUGGAAAAAAAUGUUGCCAACAAUGACUUUCAUCCCCUCCCGUCUGACCACCAGGUGGCAUCAAAUCAUACGACAUCCACACAGGUGAAAAGUUAACUUGUGUGAAAGUUGCUCCCCAUCUGAUGUUAUCCGUCUUUAUCCAUUUUCAAGGGUCACAUCUUGUUUUGUAAGAGAGCCUCAGCUCUUGAGAUUUCAGUGAGCUGCUUAGAUCGUUUUGGCAAAGUGUUUGACAUGUUUUCACUGUGUUCAUUAAGCAGGGACAGUAUCACACCCACAUAGCAUUUCAGUGAACUAAAGAUGUUUCGUAUGAACCAAAGCAAGUGUGAAAAAAAUUAAUAGUUAGAUGAAUGUACUUUUUUUUAUAUAUAUGUAUGCAACUUAUACCCAUGAGAUGCUCAGACUGGAGUCGAAACAGUCUCCGCUCAUAUUUCUCUUGUCGUUAGGUGCCAAGUGGUUGAGAGAGAAAAUGCUAAGUUUUACAGGAAGUGAGAUGACAGCAAAGCUAAAACAUUUAGAGUGCAUACCUCCGCCAAGCCCAACAGCCCCCUUCAAUUCAAUCAAGCCGACUCCAGUAUCAAAUGAAACAUACAUAGAUCCGCUCAGUCUGGGUGUUUAUAUGGAUCGGAAUCAAAUUGUACUCACUCAUAGAUACCAGCCACAUAAAUACGCAAAUUUUCUUAUCAAGAUUUGGGAGAUAUUUAUAAAGAUGUCAAAAAGGGCUCACAAUCUUAAAGAGAGUGAGGACAGAUUUCACGGAUCUGUCCUUUUACCUUGAUUCCCACCAAAGUUAAUGGGGUCUGUUGUGGACCGAGAACCAGACUCCAUCCAUGAUUUAUGGAAAUCCAUUCAUCAGUAGUCAGUAGUCAGUGUACGAAAACGUAUGCUCAUCGGCGGAGGUAACAACGCAACUACAGUUCCACAAAAGUCUGCUUGUUACUGAACUAAUCCGUUUGCAGUUGAUUGUUUCUCAACGCCGGAUAAAAAAAAAAAAGAGAUCUCUCUCUGGGUUUGUGGGAUUAAACCGACGCAAGAGAAUAUAUCACGCUGCCGAUGCUGAAAUAAUUUCGAAGACUGUGGCAGACAAGUUACAUCAACAGUCCAUGCACACGCGUUUUAAGUGUGAACUUUUUGUUGCUUUGAACCUGUACUCUUGUUUCAGUUUCAGCUCCUUUUAUUUGUCACUCUACAACGCAGGGCUGUACAAUGAAAUGCAAGCUGUAGUCCCUUCAUGCUCCACAGGAAAAACAAUUGUUAUCGUGGAGUGCAGAGGAUUAUUUAAGGAGAAACUAAGAAGCUGCUUCUUCGUCUGGCGGCACGUCAGCGGACACUCUUGUAUCUCUUGCCAGACGGCAGCAGGAUGGACAGACUGGUUGGAUGGGCGUUUAUGCAACUUCAGCUCUGAUACAAACUGUGCACAGAUUUUGGUUGCAGAAAGUCAUUGAGUACAUUUAAGUGUUGUCUUUAAGAGCAGAUGUGGGUGAAUCCCAUUGAGUGCUGCUUUAUUCAAUGGGAGACACUCGACUUCUCUCCACUACUCUACUUUUUUAAAGCUUUAGUUACUUUACACAGAUUACGAACACCAAUAUAUAUCCAACAUAUGAGGAAAUUAUGUCUGAUUAUAGAUGGAGCUAGCCAGCACUGUACUCAUUUGUUGAAAUUAGCUCGAGCUUUAGCAGCUGGGACAUUAAAGUGACACGUGCUGUCUGUAAUCCGAUAGCAAACAGUGAUUUUUCUCUGAUGUGCCAUGUACUGUCGGAGCUUAAAUCAUAUGUGUUAACAUUUUAAAUGCACGACUUGUAUUUCUACACGCUGGUAUUCCUGCUUUUACCUGCGUUCUGCCAUUUUGCAAAUACAUUUUCGUCUUUUUAAAUCUCAUCCAACCAUCCCCACACAUCGCAUCGCAUCACACGCUCAUUGACCCUCAUUUGAUCCCGUGAGCAGCGAGCUCGCGUUUGCACGACAACAAAGCGAAUUCCUCCCUCCGAGCGCGAAGCAGCUUCAGCUUCGUCGUUUGCUCCGCGGCGCGAGUGACACCCAGAGGAACUUGCAUCACGUCUUUACAGCAAACUGUUCUCUGAAACUGUAACAGAAGUUUUUUCUUUUUUUUUUCUUUUUAAACUCCCCCGUCUCUUAGUAUGCAGUGGUAUCAUCAUGGUAACAACUUCAGCUGUGACACAGAGCCUGUAGCCCACUAAUAAAGGAAUCACAGCUCUCGUUGACUGAAGGUUUCGAAUAACGGCAUGCCUUACUGAAAAAAAAAAAAAAAUGUAAAUAAUGUCUACAUAUCACAUCAGUCUCUAGACUGUUUUUAAAGUAGAUUGAAGUCUGACAUAUGCAGAGUGCUAGAUAGGUUAGGUUUUAACGCUGCCGCUCGAUAGGCAGCUCCGCGUGCAUGCAAUAACGUGUGAAUCGGUUUAUUUAGGCUCCCAAUUAGUGGCUAACAAUUCAUCUGUGAUUAAUUUUAUUUUGGGUUUUGCUGUGUCCCUUUUCGCCUCGCUGACAUUUACACAGAUGGAGAUUUUGAGCUUCGCUAAAGUGCAGGCAGACAGUUAUACUGGCAGAAAAAAAAGGCAAAAUUUGCACAUGCUUUUUCUCGCCUGCCCGUCUGAUUCUGGCAGGGACGACGUUAAUGGAUGUAAAAUAGAUCCGCGUCGCGUCGAAAACAUGCGAACAAGUUUACCGACACCGCUGCUCGUGUCUUUUUUUUCCCGCUUCCCGGAUGGAGACGGUGCCAAUAAUUGGUUUCUGUUGUGCCAUCAGUGGUGCUUUUCAAUAAAAGUGCAUAUAGAAAAAUGUGACGAAGGAGCCAUUAUGGAAAUAGCCAUCAAGUGGUUUUUGUCGAAUGCUAUUUUUUUUUUUUCUUUCUGAACACGCUGCAGCUCAGGGAUAUUUCAAGACACAGAAUUACCCCCGACAAGAAUGGGCAGAAAGUAAUUAUGGAUAAACGCUGUUCAUGAUGUCUCAAGACAUUUGACAAGUUAAACUGUGUAUUUGCUCUCACGGGGACUCGAGCAGCUGUUUGACAGGUGUAACAUGUGGCGUCGGCUCCUCGAUACAACAGGAAAAAAAUGUAACUGGGGUGACGAAUUGGCUCUAAGAGACGAAGCUUUACAUGAAGAUGAAGUGUUUCUCUUGCAGCUGGGUACACUGCAACACGUGAACACUUCGCUGUAAACAUCCUGCUGGUUAGAUGACCUGCGCUUGGCUUACAUCACUGACUUUGCACUAACCCGACACUUAGACAAGACGAGUUAUUGUACACGGUAUUAUGAAUGUUAUGAUUUUUGUAUUGUUUUACUUACAAGUUCACCUCCUGUAUUUUUUUUUAGCCUCCAGAAUUUAACAAAUCUUUCCUUUUGUGGGUCAUCAAUUAGCCACGACAGUAUGUAUGAAAGAUACUGGAAAUCAAAUUAAAGAAUAAUGUAAAAUAGUAUAAAUAAAUGAAUAAGAUAUAUUUAAAAAAAAAGAAAAAAACAUGCCAGAAAAGAAUAAACUGUUACAAAGUGCU